GUUGCCUUCUGUGACGUAUUGCUUCGGACGCCAUUCAACAAAGUCACAAUACCCCGCAGCAUGUCGUUCCCUCUGCUGGAAGACGAUGACGAGGCCUUCACGGAGGUCCUGGCGCUGCUGGACGAGUACAAUGCGGCAGUUGAAGAGUCCCCGCGUGCGCACAGCCGGUCCAAGCAUGCGUCGCCCUUCAGUUCGUUGGCUGAGAGCUCGGCAUGGACCGCGUUCGAGGCCGCUCACCCCAUCACGAAAACCACGAGUAAACAUCGCAAUGGAGCGCGCGAAAUGCGGCGCCGAGAGGUGCAAUUCCUACGCACAUGUGUCAAAGGGUUGGAAACGCAGUUAACCGCGUUGAAAGAGGGCGCGCAACAGCGCGCACAGCUGAGAAAUGCCACUACACAUUCCGGUGGCCAGUCAUCCGCCCUAAUGAGCGUAUGGAAGGACCUGGCGACGCGGCAAUUGGACCAACGACUGGCGUCUGAAAGAGAAAAUAGCAGACUCAAAUGUGCAAUGGAAGAUCAGAAAAAAGUGCGCGAAAUGCUACAACGAGCGCUGAAUACAAGAGUGGCACGACGGGUGAUGGAAACGAACUUAACACAAGAAAAACGAACCAGACGAGUGCACGGAGUGCCACUGGAGCUGUCGGAUCAGGAGGUUUUCCAGGAACUAGAGAUGGGGGUGGACUCUGUGUAUCAUGAAGCAGCGAGGGUUUUCUUCCAAGCAGAUACUGGAGAUGGAACGUGUUUAGGAGUGUUUGGAGAGAAGACACUGCCAUUUGAUCUCCACACGACCGCAGAGGCUGCGUGGCGGUGUCUGGCUCAUGCGUUCCAGCACGAAAAGUAUCAUUUUUCAUACAGUCGCGAGCGUCGGAAGGAUGAGUCUGGAGAGGUGGCACAUGAUGAUACAGUGUGUGAAAGUUUCGGGGUGGAGAUUAAAGCACCGGAACGGAUGGCAGAUUUCAGGAUUAAACAGGUUUUCCGUCGAUAUCGAGAAGCGGAUCGGAUUGUGAUCGCGUGGAGGUCAUAUAUUGAUCCGGCCGAGUUUAAGGGACAGAAACUCGAGGGCAUUCGCUUCCAGGAGAAAGGGUCGUGUGUCAUUCGACACCCACACCCGACGAAGCUUCAUACUGCUAGUAACGAGGUCACAUUAUUGCGUAUCUGGCACGUUAUUACUCCGGAGACACUGGCAAACACAAAUGGGACUAUAAAUAGUUCCCAAUUUGUUCAAGAUCUGACCGAUUUUGUAUUGGGUGGAUCAUCGUCUGCUAGUACAGUGCAGAUGAUUGAGAACAUGCUGAUUGAACAGUCUAGAAGAAACAAUGCGGAUUGUGUAGUGUAAAAUGUUCAAAGAGCAAUAGAAUUUUUGGUUUCUAUUAGA